AUGACAGAAAAUGAUGAAAUACAUGUUAGUAAUGAUACUGUAUGUACAAUUAAUAAAGAUACCGAUAUUGUAGCUAAUGAAGCAAAAGAUUUAGUAUUUGAAGUAAAAUCUAAUCUUGUUAUACUUAUUUUUGGUAUUUUAACAGUAUCAUUAUUAUCUAUAUUAUUAUCAACAUGGCUAGCAAAAACAAUAAGUAAUACACCAUCAUCAUUUGGUAGUAUAUUAAGUCAUUAUUUUGGUUUUGAUCGUAAUGAAACUGAACCAAAUCAUACAUGGUGGACACCAUUACAUAUUAAAUCAAUUGAAAAAACAUCUCGAAAAUUUCUAUUAAAUACAACUAAUUCAACAAUAAUAUCACAUCCAAAGAAAAUUUCUCAUAAUGAUAAUACAAAUUUUCAUAUCAUUGUUUUACCUUUAGUUUUAAUUGGAGCAAUUGUAUUUGCUAUAAUAGCUUAUUAUGCACGUGUUAAAUGUACAGCUCGUGAUUUUUCAUGGGGUGCUGUACCAAAAAUUCCACUUGGACGUGUUGAUCCAAAUUUAACAGCAGUAACUGUUCCAUCUAUUGCUAAAACAAAACAAGCAGAACCAGGUGUUGAUUAUACAAUUGUACAAGGAACAAAAGAACAACCAGUUGUAUUUGCAUUAGCUGAAACAUUACUACCAUUAAAAGAAGAAUGUGAACCCGGAGGUUUAAUUGAUGAAGGAACUCAAUAUGAAAGUGAAGAUAUUCCAAAAGUUAUUACACAUGUUUCAUCAGCACCUGAUUUACAAACUAAUUUAUCUUCUUUAUCAACAACAAACGAACAACAACAUGCAAUUGAAUUAUUACAAAGACAACCAUUGCCUACUAUAUCACCAUCAACAUAA